UUUCCUUUAGCAUUUUAAGUUGGUUGCGUGAUCUCUAACCUUUGCAGAAGAACUCAGCAUCACGCAUGAAUGCUAGAACCAAAGACGACACCAUUUUUUGCAACCAGAGGAGAAAAAGAUUUAUCAGGUUGGCAUUAUUCUGUCUUAGAAUUUGUUGGCUGGACAAAAUCAACUUUUCCAACACAUACCUGUCAAUUCAAGAGCGAAUGUCGUGUUUGCGUGAGUUUGACCCAGUCUUUCCCUUCCGGUACAUCGAUUGCGUGUCAAGUUCGCGUGACAAGAAGCAACCGCUGACCAGGGUUCCAGUUAGAGCGACCAGGAAUGCAAAGAUGGUGGAGGCAUAAGACAUGUUGACCUUUCGCCGAAAACAAUAAUCCUGUAUUUAGUUCUCGAAAUUCGGUGCUUUCACAAAAGCGAACACCAUCGGACCAGGGAUUGUGAUGGGGGAAUUUGGAGAAACGAGAAAGGGACAGAACCUGGAGACGAUAAUUUCGAAGCUUUCUAAAGAACAACCAAACGGCAGAAGGAACAGUUUUAUGUUGAUAUCAGGGAUAGAUCACUCUAAUGUCAUGUUUCACCUUGGGGGUGGAGGACACGAGUCCGAGGGAGAGGACAGCGAACCUGACCUGUUCCAGUGUGGAAAAUGCAAGCGAAUGUUCACCAGCUUGCAGAAAUACCUGAAACACAAGGCAGCUAAGGACUGUGCCCAACUACAAACUGGUCAGCGAAGCACGACCAGUCCUGUUACAAACGGAGAGGUUUUUGAUAGUCCAGAUGAGAACAAUUCAGUACAUUCUCCUACACGAAGGAAACACGACAGGAAAGGAGUCGCACGAAGGGUGUCCAACUUCUCGUCUGAAGGAGAAUCAGUGAGCCCCGACAUCCCUGUUGUCGUACCCGAGCAAGUAUACAGCGUCCCCCCUGCAUCGUUUCCCGUACACAUAGAAGCACCUCCGACCUCCAACUAUCACGACUUCUCCAACCCUGUAGUGAGUAUUUCUGUAGCUGAAGCGCUUCGCUCUCAGAGUCCUGUUGUAGUCCAGCCUUCGCCGAAUUUCAGCAUGUGGAAUGGCUCGGUGAAUGAUCAGGCAGAAAGCGUGAACCCGCCCACAAUGGCGACGACUGUUUAUGGGCAGAUGCCGACUACAUCGGUGGUGAACCCCAUGCCAGCACUUCCCCUUCAGCACCCCAGUCAGUCAUCAUCAGCGCCCACUAUGAGCUCAUCACACAUGGACCAGCAGUGGACUGGGCCCAGGUUGAGAGGGAUCCCAGUUGAAAUACGACCGGCCGCGCCGCAACCUCCAGUGCAUAUGACAAGAAGUAAGAAUGGUCUGGGACAGCCACCUCCACCGCUUGUGGUACAUCUUAAAGACAGAGGGCGUCCCGUGAGAGCAAAAGAGACUGGCUUGACAGAAGAAGAGCUGACUGACGAGAUUGUCACAUCGUCUGGUCAGAAGGUGUACAGAUGCAAAAAGUGUGAUAAAGAAUUUUCCUUUUCCAGCCGACUAAAGCGCCAUCUUCUUGUCCACACAGGGGCGCGCCCGUUCGAAUGUCACGUUUGUUCCCGCCGUUUCACACAAGCCGUCGACCUUAAACGUCAUAUGCUACGUCAUAGUGGGCAGAAGCCCCACGUGUGCCACUACUGCGGGAAGCAGUACACAAGAGGCGACCGACUGAAGGCUCACUUAAUGUCACAUACGCAGGAAGAUAAUUCUGACAAGCCGUACAGUUGUUCAAGAUGCAGCGCGGCCUUCUACGAGGCGGAGGAACUGCGGCUCCAUGUUUGCGAAUUUCAAGAUGGCGCCCAGGCAGGUGUUGAGGUCGACUUGGACGAAGCGGCUGUUUAUGGAGACGAUGGCGGGGCAAAACUGCAACGGACAGGCAAGAAUUACACCUGUGAUGAAUGCAAUUCAAGCUUCACGAAGUACACUUCGCUGAAGUCGCACCUUCUCAAGCACACCGGAGAGAAAAAGUACAAGUGUGAACACUGUAACAAGACUUUCUUCAGCUCCAGUAGUUUAAAAAUUCAUGUUCGUGUUCACACUGGAGACAGACCGUUUAAAUGCAAGGAAUGCCCAAGGAAAUUUAGUGACCCGUCGAACUUUAACAAGCACAAGCGGUGGCACGCGAAGCAGAAGGGAUCUGCAGCCACUGUAGCGGCGACGGCUACAUUGUCUAGCAUCGCCGAAAAUAGUUCGUCCUCCGAUGACAAGGCAAAGGAACCCGCUGCAGCAGAACAGAGUGGUUCAGGGCAGAGCGAAGAAACAGCGGGACAAACUAAUGCGGACAAGAGCAGUACUAAGGAAGAGUUACGAGAAGAUUUAUUUCCAGAGGCAAGCCAAGAUAUGGAAACUGAUGAUUCCGGCGGGUUCAAAUCUCCGGGAGCGUUGCUCAACAUGGUGGCAGAAGCUGAAAACAGUGUAAAGCAAGAGGUAACAGAAUAAGUAACAAAGAAAGAUUAUCAGGGAACUGUUAAAAAACAAACGUUAGCUAGAAGCGUAUUUCAAAACGCAAUCCCCCCUGGGGGGGG